AAAAGGGUAUCCUCAUUUUCAUAACCUAGUCUCCUUCUCCUAUUUGAAAGUAUGGGGGCAGGAAAUGCGAGUGUAGGAAAGAAGGGUGUAUUUUUUUCCGAGUAUUUGGAGUAUUUCGCGCGCAAAUAACGAUGAACUUCCUUGACAGGCCAUUGUUACACCAGCGUGCGACCACUUCAGCAACCGUCAAAACGUUCUGAAAAUAAAUAAAUAAGUUGCAUCCUCUUUUCCUACACUCGCGGGGGAAGAGAGGAGUGGAGAAAAGAAGAAUAGAUUUUUGUCGAGCACUUCACUCUGGAAGUUUCCGGAAGUUUAGAACUAAUAGCAACAGAUUAGCAAACUAGCUAGAGAUAGCUACAGAUGAAAAUACAUUCAAGAAAAACUGCGUGCGAAGAAAUAGCCUAUGCAGAUACAAUGAAUCUGUGGUAGACUGAGCUGAACCCGCCUGCUGUUUGCAGUCUUUCAGGCGUCCCGAGGGAAGGAAAUCACAUCGGGCUGGGAGCACCCCCUAUAGGCAUCACGGAUCGCAGGUGUGUCUAAUUAUUCCGAGUAGCCUGGCCUCUCGUCCGUGCAGUCAGUUAAAAUCUGGGUCCUUUGCCGGCUUGCAGUAGCAUUCCUCGGCUCUGAUGACACGUAGGCUUGAAAACGGUUUGCGUUUGUGACACGGGAAAAGUGCCCUCCCUCCAUAGAUUAUCAACAAUAUAUCAUCAGCAGCUCCACCCCGCACGCGGCCAAAAGCUGUAAAUUCCAUAUUAUUUAUAGAAGCAAAGUAAAAUAAAACGGUCUGCCUCCUGUCCUAAAUAUACAUGAGUGUACCACGUUCCCUGAAUUAAGGUGAAAGCGGACCCUGCGGCUCUCUGGGACCCGGGUUUGGCGACCCCCCGGUCUUAGGCCGUCAGGUGGGAUGAGGGACCGGCUCGGCGAUCUGUGGGCGGUCGCUCAGGACUCCGGAGAGGACGGGUUCGACGGCGGCGCAGGCGGGCAGGAGCCGGGCGACCCGCUGGCGGCGGCGUUCGAUGAGGACGGCGCCGUGGAGCGGGUUUUCCAGGAAGUGCAGUCCCUGCGACGGGAAAUCGCUCUGCUCGGGGUGGACGUGAAGAGGCUGGGAAUGCAGAACACGCGAUUCCUCACCUCUGUCCGUCGCAUCAGCGCCAUCAAGCGUGACGCCAACUCCAUCGCCCGGGACGUCCGCGUGCGCGGGGAGUCGGUCCACGGCCGGCUGCAGAAGCUGGAGGCGCUCCGCCGGCAGCUGGAGGGGCAGCGCGGCGUCGCCUCGGCCUCGGCGCGAAUCGCUCGCUCGCAGCACGCCUCCGUCGCGCGGGCCUUCCGCGACGCCAUGUUCGCCUACGCCCGGGCCGAGGCGGCCCAGCGGGAGCACUGCAAGGCCCGCAUCCAGCGCCAGGCGGCCAUCGUGGGCCGCCGGGUCACGGGCGAGCAGAUCGAGGAGAUGAUCGAGACCGGCCGCUGGAACGUCUUCUCCGGGAACCUGGUGGCGACGGAAGGCCGGAGCGCGCGCGCGGCCCUGGCCGAGAUCGGGAGGAGGCGCAGGGAGCUCCUGGAGCUGGAGGGGAGGGUGCGGGAGAUCCACGACCUCUUCCUGCAGAUGGCCGUGCUGGUGGAGGAGCAGGGGUGCGCUCUGGAGAACAUCGAGGCCAACGUCUGCUCCACGCAGCACCACGUCGGCAAGGCCCGGACGUGCAUCAGGAAGGCCGUCCGGUGCAAGAGGAGGAACCCCUGCAGGAAGAUGUUCUGCUGGUGUUGCCCCUGUUUCGAUCGUCCAUUACAGUGAAUAUUGUGCGUGUGCGUGUGAGGUCGCGUUGAGUUUUUUUGAGCGUGGUUCAUUCAGCAGCCCUUCCUCUGUCCGGAUCACGAGACCUGAUAGAUGGAAAGACACAUUAGUGGAAUGCCGAGAGGUUGUCAUAUGGAAAGUCUAGUUUUUUUUCCUCCUGGAAGGGUUUUAGUUUGGCCAACUGACCGUACACUUGAUUGUUAGGGUUCUGUGGAUGAGGAACCAUGUCUGAGAUUUCUUUGAUAGCCAGUGUGUGACAUUAGACACAGAUGUAUUUCUCACUGGUUGUUUGUUGACAUUUCCUGCAUAUUUGCCAGAUGCAAGAUAUUUUGAAUGGAUGCGCUUCAGCGCUUGAUGUCAGUUGUGAAUGCUGGUGCUGGUGACAAUGCAUACACUGUCCACUCAAAUAAUAACCUUCACUGUGCUUCCUUAACCUUAGGACUAGAACCAGUACAAUGCAGUACAAGUUGUUCACUUCAGUUUUAGCACAGUUUUCAAUUUCGCUGUUGUAUUGUUGGAGCACUUUUUUUUGUAGUUCCAUUUUAUUAGGUAUCAUAAUGAAAUGCACUCAGAUUUGAGGUGCUUGCAUGCCAUUUGCAUCCCGCAACGGUUUCAAAUGUCCAUGUCACAAGGUAUUAUGUAAUGAAGGAUAAAGAUGAAAGAACUGUUCUCUCUGAAUGCCAGGAAGCCCUGACUUUCUCUGAAUAAGACUGCAAAAUCUGUGGUUUGUUAUGCGAAUAUGUCAUUUCAAAAUGUGUAGUUAAAAUAUGAGCUGGAUCAUUACAUUUUGUAAAUUGAUAAUAAAAGAUAUAUUUUUUACACUACCUGCCCAUUCCUGAGAAAUUCAGCUCAUCCUGGUAAGGGCCUGAUAAUGAUUUGU